AUGGCGCUGCCCUACGGGAAGGCCGGGACCGCCGCCUGCCGCCCGCUUCGGCCGAGAGCUGAAAUCGUUUCAGGGGCCAGACGCGUCCCUGAGGCGCGUCGCUGUUUUCUCCUGCCUGUCCCAUCUCGGUUGAGUUCCCACGAGCAUCUUCUGCCCGGUACCUCACGGGACAGGCAGGCGCUGGGGACUGGCCCCGGAGGAAAGCGGCACCGAGCGCCUCUGCCGUCAGUUCCGUGGCAGAGGGUGGAAGGCCGGACUCCCACAGUCGCCUUCACCAUUGGUAUACGCAUCGACUCUGGUGGAGUUACACCCACUUGUGCCAGCAGUAGAAACUGUACCUUUUUGCAGGAAAUGGAUGUCAUCCAGAAACAGGAUGAAAACUGUUACUGCUAUGUGCAAAACAGAACCAUUCACUUACAGUACGUUUGGUCGACUCUGCAGGUAAAAGUUAACAGCAGAGAAAUGUUCGGGUUUGAGCCUAUUUCAGAAAAGAGCAACUGUCGCAAUUCAGAAACGGUUUUUGAAUUUGCUGCAUGUGCUGUUCAAAUCUUGUGGAAACCUGAGACAUCUACAGAAACUUUCAUAAGCAUAAAACAAUACGGAGAGGAUGUUUGUUUCAAAAUACAGCCCUUCAAAACCGAACCGUACACUGUGAGUGUGAAACGAGAAAUGCUAGAUGGAAAGCUCUUGUUUUUGUUUGUAGCUGGAAUUUUUCUGUUCCAUUUUGCAAACAGCCUGAGCAGGAGUACCAAGUUCUUUUACCUUUCUGGAAUAAUACUGGGUGUUCUUGCUCUGCCAGUCUUUGUCCUGCUGACACUUAAAAGGUUUAUUCCAAGGCACAGUACCUUCUGGAUCUUAGUGAGUGGCUGCUUGAUGUCCUCUCUCUAUUUUAUUUACUGCUUCAAAGAGAAUAUGCAGUGGUUGUGGUCUGAACACAGAAACUACUUGUUGGGCUAUUUUCUGGCUGUUGGAAUUACCAGCUUUGCCACUUGCUAUCAGCACGGACCGCUUACCACUGAUCUGAACAUAACCCUGUUCACGUGGACGCUACAAUUAACAGCCUUUGUCUUGAUUUACGGUGGUGUCACCAUACCUCAAGUUGCAUAUGCAGUAAUAGCAGUCAGCCUCUGUUCAAAAGGCCUCUGUUACCCCCUUGGUGCUGCUUGUCACAUAGGCAGAAAAAUGAAGAACCACUUUAAAUCAAGAAAGUUAGUAUUUAAAUACCUUACUGACGAGGAGUAUCGAGAACAAGGUGAAACAGAAACUAUCAGAGCUCUGGAGGAGCUACGCACAUUCUGCAAAAACCCUGACUUCCCAUCAUGGUUAGCUGUAUCCAAGCUUCAGUCCCCACACAGGUUUGCGGGUUUUGUUCUGGGAUCUCCCCACCUCUCACCUGCAGAAACAAAGGCGCAUGAUGAGCAAUACGGCAUUGGGAGCUUCUUCCUGGAAGAGCAGCUCUUUGAGACAAGGGCAGAAUCUGAGCAAGAUGAUCCAGCCAAUUCCAUCCACGAAGGAGAUGAGGAAGAGGAGGAUGAAGAUGAAAUGCAUAAACAAAUUUCAUUUCCAUAUGCUACUGAGCUGCUCUGA